AGAGCGCGACCAUCAACGCGCUUCAUUCGGCAGCGCUGCGCGGGACUCGCUCGGGAAGAAUGUCUCUAAAGAAGUGUGUUUUGGUUGUGAGGGAAAGAUAACCUUGUUCAGCUUCCCGAAGAACCCAGCGUUAUGUAAACAGUGGAUGCAGUUUAUUUUUCCGGGGCAGCAACGGAGUUUCUCAAGUGUGUUUGUUGAUGAACGUUUUAUAAACAAGGCCCAGUUCGACGCUGGAUUUGCGUAUUUAACGUUUAAUACUGAAAGAUGGAGCACUCCCAGCUAUAAAAGAUCCCGGUCAUGAUUCAGAGAUGCAGACGUGGAUCUGGUUCACGGCUCCAUAUGCCUCCAUGAGUGACCCCUGACCCGUGAAGCCCCUCCCCUCCAGUCAGUCCCGUCCAAUCGCACGCUUCACCAUGGUUUGCUACGACAACGAGAGCAUGGCGUUCUUCUACGGCCUCAGCAAGAAGAACCUCACUGAAACGUGGAAGCCCAAAGACGUGGUGGUGGUGUCUCUGGGCCUGCUGGUCUGCGCCUUCGUCAUCUUCGCCAACAUCCUGGUCAUGCUGGCCAUCUUCAUGAACCGCAGGUUCCACUACCCCAUCUACUACCUGCUGGGGAACCUGGCGGCCGCCGACCUGUUCGCCGGCAUCUCCUACCUGUACCUGAUGUUCCACACGGGCCCCUGGACCAUCAAGCUCUCCGUCUACCAGUGGUUCGUGAGACAGGGUUUGAUCGACACCAGUCUGACGGCGUCCGUCAUCAAUCUGAUGGCCAUCGCGCUGGAGCGCCACCAGACCAUCUUCACCAUGCAGCUGCACAGCAAGAUGACCAACCACCGGGUGGUGCUGCUGAUCGUGGGCAUCUGGCUCAUCGCCAUCGUGCUGGGUUUGGUGCCCACCAUGGGCUGGAGCUGCGUCUGCGACCUCCAGCAGUGCUCCAACAUGGCGCCGCUCUACAGCCGCAGCUACCUGGUGUUCUGGGCCGUGCUCAACCUGCUGACCUUCACCGUCAUGUUGGCCGUCUACACGCGCAUCUUCAUCUACGUGCGCCGCAAGAGCCACCGCAUGAGCCAGCACACCUCGCAGGUCAAGCACAAGGAGACGGUGGUCAACCUCAUGAAGACCGUCGUCAUGAUCCUGGGUUGUUUCGUGGUGUGUUGGACGCCGGGUCUGGUGCUGCUUCUCCUGGACGGUUUGUGUGAGUCCUGCGAUGUCCUGACCUACGAGAAGUUCUUCCUGGUGCUGGCCGAGUGCAACUCCUUCAUGAACCCCAUCAUCUACUCCUACCGGGACAAGGACAUGCGCGACACCUUCAAGCGCAUCCUGUGCUACCCGUGUUUGGGGUCGCAGCAGAAGGGCGAGCACUCGGGCGUCCGCUUCAACACCCUCGAGCAAGAGCGGAGACGGCGCGUGCUGCAGGAGUCGUGGGUCGCUCGUAAGGCUCGCGAGGGAGACGGCGAUCAGACGAACGGAGGACAGGUCGUGCUGAAGGACGCGGAGAACAUGCUGGGCUCCACCGAGAGCUGAGGAUCGAGAAGCAGAAGGAUCGACUCCUGCCUACUGACAGCGUGCUGAUUGGCCGAAUGAGCUGUCAAUCACUCUCUGCGCAUUUAAAUGAGCAUCAGAUGAAGAGACUGUGUGUGUGUGUGUGUGUGUGUGUGUGUGUGUGUGUGUGUGUGUGUGUGUGUGUGUGUUGUAACUGUGAAUGACUUGAUUGUAAAUACGUUUUUUUAUUUAAUUAAAGUCUUACCGGUGGAGUUUA